ACAUAGUGCGUCUCGCUGUCUAUUUAACAGCGGGCAUGAAAUUUUGCGUAUUUGAGGACACACUCGACCGAAUCCCGCGAUGACAGACGUGACGACAGAUCGCAAAAGUGCGAUUUGCGUCGAGAGAUUUAGCUGCUGACAUCGCGCACGAUGGUCAGUUUCGCAAGAUUUCAAGCGGCAACGCAAUCUUUGUAUAUGAUACAAAUCGGCCUCCUGCUUCUGAUCGAAAUUGAUCUCAAGUCGGAGGAGCGCUGAGCUCCGUUUGCUCUCGUUGAAUCUACAUUUUUUUAACUUCGGCUGCGCUCGACAUUCAAUAUGAAAACCUAUGCAAUAUGUAACGCGAGUGAUAGAUUUUCAAAUAUUGGCAGUGGAACACAGCCGUUAUCGGUGAAUUCGUCGUUUGAAUCGUGAGUUCUGUACCUCAAAUACUUGCAUUCACCCUCAGCAGUUCGAAAUUGUUUAAUAAGUCGUUCUUCUUUGUGCGCAUAAUUUCCGAGUACGCAACGUACCCGAGACACGUAAUCAUCUGUAAUUAUUAGACACCGUGUUCUCAUUCUCAAUAUGACGUACUCAAGUCGAAUAAAUUGUCAUUAUGAAGCAUCAACAAAUAACCGAAGACAUGAUGAACAUGGUGUUUACCGCCUGCUCCUACUUGGCGCUUGCCGGUACGAUUUGGCUAUUCCUGCACCUCAUUCAGGCCUGCUUCAGCAUGCCGAAGUAUCUGAAGAGGCAAAAUGAUGUCCAGGAUAUAUUGCAGGAUAAGGUGGACAGCUACGAGAAGUAUGUGUUGGAAUGCGAGGAGAAGGAGAGGUCGGAGAUGCUGGACCAGAUCGACGACGAGAAGAAGAGCCUCGAGAUGUCGAAGAAAUGGAAGGAACGAAGGGAAUGCUUAGACAUGCUGAAGGGCGAACUACAAAGAAUUCGCGAACGCAAGGACAACCUCGAUUGGGAUAGCAUGCUGGAGGAGGAGCUGAAGAAGCACGCGGAAGAAUUGGACUCCGAAAACUUUGCCGAGGAGAAGGAGGAGGAGCAAGAGCAGAAGGUGCAAGAGCAGGAAGAGGAGCAGGAAAACUCCGAAAAUGAAGCUCACAAAGAGAAGAGCAACAGUGAGAAAGAGAACAAGAAGAUGAUCGAAGUGGAGCUGACCGAGCCAAAGAAGGAGAAGUAGUUGUCUGUUGAGUGCCUUGGGAGUGCCUUGGGAGUGCCUUAAUGAGACUUUUAUGGAAGUUUUGCUGAACCACUUUAUAAUCAUUUGCAUCGAUACACACCGAGGGAUGCACGCGAGAACGAGAAGCUCUGUUAGUGAACGAUCUCUUUCGGAAUAUUCAACACUGAAAGUUCAGACACAGCUCGGGUAAUUGAUAAUCAAACAAUUAAGAAGGGAGAAGUUGCUCGAUAUUUUUGAAUGCGCAAUCCUUCGAUUGCGCGUACACGUUUCUAUUCUUUGAUUAAUAUCCUAACUCACACAAUUUAAUGUAUUUACUAAUAUAGAGAGAGUUUUCUGCCUAUAUAAUAUAACUUCUACUAUAAAUUAGUAAUAUAAUUAUAUUAAUUCAGCGUUUCACACGAAUAACAUAUAAUUUGCGAAUUAUUCUGAGAGUUAUGUAUAAUCAAUGUAAGGAGUAUCCUUCGUAGUGAUGAUCGCAUAUUGCAAUCCAAAAAAAAGAAUAAAGUUUUAUGGAAGCGUAUAUGUAAAACAUAAUGUCCUCAAAGCGAAAGAGAAAGAAAGAGAAAGAGAGAAGAAAAUUAUCAGAAGUAACGAAAAUAUAUAUAUUCUAGUAGA